AUGAACCAGCUCUCUGGUAUUAUACCCCCUGAAAUAGGAAACCUCACUAAUCUUGUCUAUCUUGACUUGUCGUCUAAUCAGUUUUCAGGCGAAAUCCCAUCACAGAUUGGCUCACUGUCAAAGGUUGAGAACCUCUUCAUCAUUAGUAACCAUUUAAAUGGUUUCAUUCCCAUUGAAAUAGGGAAGAUGAAGUCACUUGAGUUUUUAGGCUUACAAAGGAACAAUCUUUCUGGUCCAAUUCCAAUAACUGUUGGUGACUUAACUGAGCUCGAAAGUCUGCACCUUUAUUCUAACCAACUUUCUGGUCCCAUUCCUAGUGAGUUGGGAAACUUGAAAAACCUCACUGAUCUGGAUUUGUCCCAUAAUCAGCUCACUGCUCCUAUUCCUAGUAAGUUGGGGAAUUUGAAAAAACUCACUGGUCUGGAUUUUUCCUAUAAUGAACUUACUAGUUCAAUUCCAAUUACUCUGAGUGACUUAACUGAGCUUGAAAUUAUGUACCUUUAUUCCAACCAACUUUCUAGUCCCAUUCCUGCAGAAAUAGGGAAGAUGAAGUCACUCGAGGUUUUAGCCUUAUGGAGUAAUAAUCUUUCUGGUCCAAUUCCAAUAACUGUAGGUGACUUAACUGAGCUCGAAAGUCUGCACCUUUAUUCUAACCAACUUUCUGGUCCCAUUCCUAGUGAGUUGGGAAACUUGAAAAGCCUCACUGAUUUGGAUUUAUCCACUAAUCAGCUUACCGGUCCUAUUCCUAAUGAGUUGAGGAAUCUGAAAAACCUCAAUGAUAUGGAUUUAUCCACUAAUCAGCUUAGUGGUUCAAUUCCAGUAACUCUAGGUGGCUUAACAAAGCUUAAUAGUUUGCAUUUUUAUUCUAACCAACUUUCUGGUCCCAUUCCUAGUGAGUUGGGGAAUUUGAAAAAACUCACUGAUUUGGAUUUAUCCACUAAUCAGCUAACCGGUCCUAUUCCUAAUGAGUUGAGGAAUCUGAAAAACCUCAAUGAUAUGGAUUUGUCCACUAAUCAGCUUAGUAGUUCAAUUCCAAUAACUCUACUAACCGGUCCUAUUCCUAAUGAGUUGAGGAAUCUGAAAAACCUCAAUGAUACGGAUUUGUCCACUAAUCAGCUUAGUGGUUCAAUUCCAAUAACUCUAGGUGGCGUAACAGAGCUUAAUAGUUUGCAUUUUUAUUCUAACCAACUUUCUGGUCCCAUUCCUAGUGAGUUGGGAAAUUUGAAAAACCUCACCGAUUUGGAUUUAUCCUAUAAUCAGCUUAGUGGUCCAAUUCCUGCUUCUUUUGGCAAAUUGAGAAACUUGCGGUCACUGAAUCUUGGUGACAACAAUCUUUCUGGUCCAAUUCCAAAAGCUUUAGGUGACUUAACUGAGCUCACAUUUCUGUACCUUAGUUCAAACCAACUUUCUGGUCCCAUUCCAAGUGAGUUGGGGAAUUUGAAAAAACUCACUGAGCUGGAUUUAUCUAAAAGUCAACUUACUGGUUCAAUUCCAAUUACUUUAGGUGACUUAACAGGGCUCAACAUUAUGGACCUUUCUGUUAACCAAUUUUCUGGUCCUAUUCCUAGUGACUUAACUGAGCUCAAACUUCUAUACCUUUUUUCUAACCAACUUUCUGGUCCCAUACCUAGUGAGUUGGGUAAUUUGAAGAACCUCAAUGAUCUGGCCUUAUACGAAAAUCAACUUACUGGUCCAAUUCCUGCUUCCUUUGGCAAUUUGAGAAACUUGCAAUUUCUGUAUCUCCGUGCCAACAAACUUUCUGGUUCUAUUCCAAAAGAACUUGCAUAUUUGGAUAACUUGGGAGAGCUGAUCAUAGGUAAAAAUCAGUUUUCAGGUCAUUUGCCUGAGCAUCUUUGCCAAGGUGGGAAACUUGAGAACUUCACGGUGAAUAGUAACAAGUUGUCAGGGCCAAUACCAAGAAGCAUGUUCAAUUGCUCAAGUUUCAAAAGGGUUCGCUUUGAUAACAACAGUUUUACUGGGAAUUUAUCUGAAGCUUUUGGUAUCUAUCCAGAGCUGCAGUUCAUUAAUUUGAGUGAAAAUGAUUUUCAUGGUGAACUCAGCAGCAACUGGGGGAAAUGCAAGAAUUUGACUGAUUUUCGGAUAGCCAGAGAUUGGAAACCUCAAAGAGCUUCAAGGACUAGAUCUUUCAGCAAAUCAUUUGGUUGGGAAGAUUCCUAG